AUGAGGUCGUACUACCCGACUGGCUCGCGGAACAUCAGCUCGUCGUGGCGCCAAGACGACCACGCCGCUCCGACGCACGACGGCGCGGAUGGCCAUUCUUCCCAGCAGUUUCCCGCUCCAAGCGUCACGGCAGCCAUUGCGAGCUACCUUGCCUCCCAGCCGACCCAGCAGCCAUCUCCUCCUCGCUGGCACAACUACACGCCGCCGCACCGUGCUGCGCCGGCCGCCCCUUGGCAGUGGGCGUCCAGUACGUUUGCGCCGCCUCCCCCUACCCUCUCAUCACCCUGGACCCCGUGGCCAAACGCGACGGUCGUCGUCCCAGCAGGCGAGACCCCUGGUGACGCCUCGCCCGGCGGGGCCGGGGGUGGGGGCGGGGCGUGUGUGGCGGGCGACGACGACGCGACCGGCUGCCUGCGCUUGGCGAGGCGCGUCGGGCGCAAGGCAGCCGGCGAGGGACGCAACUUCAUGCUCUCGCCGCUGUCGCUCCACGCUGCGCUCGCGCUGGUGGCCGCGGGCGCGAGCGGCGAGACGCAGGCGGAGCUGCUGCGUUUCCUAGGGUCGGCGUCGCUCGACGAGUUGCGGCACGCCGCGGUGACGAGGCUGGUCGCCGCGCUGCGCGGCAUCCCGCAGACGUCCUUCGCGUGCGGCGUCUGGGUGGACCGCCGGUGCGCGCUCCGGGAGGAGUUCGCGGACGUCGCCGGUGCCGUCUACGCCGCCGUCGCGGAAUCCGUGGACUUCGUGUCACAGGCCGAGGAGGCGAGGCAGCGCAUCAACGACUUCGUGAAGGACGCGACGAAAGGGCUCAUCGGCGCCGUCCUCCCUUCCGGCUCCGUCGGCUUGUCCACGGUGGCCGUGCUUGCCAACGCUCUCUACUUCAAGGGGACAUGGGCUCAGCCGUUCGACCCGUCAAGAACCUUCGACGCGCCGUUCCAUCUCCCCGACCGCGCCACCGUGCGAGCGCCGUUCAUGACGACGAGCAGGUAUGAGCAGCAGCAAUACGUCGCCGUGUUCCCCGGUUUCAGGGCCCUCAAGCUGCCCUACAGCUGCAAGAGCGGCCACCAGUGGCACCAGGCCGCGUACUUCUACAUGCUCCUGCUCCUCCCAGACGACGACCACGGCCUCGGAGAUGUCUACGACAAGGUCGUCUCGACGCCGGGGUUCAUCAGGAAGCACACGCCCGUGUGCAAGGUCCCGGUUGGGCGGCUCAUGGUCCCCAAGUUCAAGUUCACGUUCGGGUUCGAGGCGAGCGAGGAGAUGCAGAGGCUGGGUGUCACCAGCCCUUUUGGAGGCGGCGACUUCUCCGGCAUGUUCGCCGGCGGAGGUGGGGCUUCCAUCGCGGGAGUGUACCAUAAGGCCACCGUCGAGGUGGACGAGGAGGGCACCGUGGCAGCCGCGGCCACGGCCGUGUCCAUUUGCUUAAGCCGGAGCGCCAUCCCGCCGGUGGAUUUCGUGGCGGACCGGCCCUUCUUGUUCGCCAUCGUUGAGGAGAGGAGCAGCGCCGUGCUCUUCUUCGGCCAUGUGGUGAAUCCACUGGCGGAGUGA